CUUUGUCAACCCACUACUUAGCAAAUUACGUCGGGAGAUGAAUCCUACAAAUAAAAGAGCAACCAAAUCUUCCUUGUAUUAGCUCAUUGGAAUUCUUGAAUCGGGAACUUGGUGUGAGACGCGAUGAGUGCUAAAUCUUUUUCACUGGUGUGCCUGGCAACAUUGACAGCGUCUGUCUUUGUACACACAGUUCAAGGAAAAUGUUCUAUUGUCAACUGUCUCGUCGGAAUGAUGAAGUGCUCAAGAAAAGCUGACGCCGUCGGGGUAGACUAUGAAACGUUUGGGUGCUGUGAUAUAUACUUUGAUUGUGUUAGAGAGUGUGGACUGCAGACUGCAACGUGCGGCCAAUACACCUUAGGACCUGAUUAUGAAGAAGGAAACGAAACUGACAAAAGGGGAAGUUGGAAUAAGCGGGGAAGUUGGAAUAAACGCGGAAGUUGGAACAAACGCGGCAGCUGGAAUAAGAGAGGAAGUUGGAAUAAAAGAGGAAGUUGGAAUAAGCGUGGAAGUUGGAACAAGCGAUUGGACAGCGGGGAAUUGGAUGACCAGAUAUACUAUCCAGUUGAUGAAGAACAAUUACUGUAAAAAAAUAUAAACUUGCAUGUAAGAAGGAAGUUAAAAAAGCGUGUUUCUAUUGUUCAAAAUAAAAGAUUUAAGUAAUUUUGAAAUAAUGUCUGACAUAACUUUAACUGUUUCUAAAAUGAUGUUCUGUCUUAGUUUUAUUACUCAAUGGUUGAAUUUUCCUUAGAGAUAUUGUUAUUUGUGUUUUUCAUAGAUUUAAGCUGGGCCUUGGAUAUUAAACAAUGAUUUAAGACACUGAUCGAUUCCAUUUGUUAAAGCCAGUAAAUAGUCCUGCAAUUUUUAAGAAAAAAUGUAUUUAUCAGGGAGUUCAUGAUACGCGCACUUAACAUUUGGUAUUUUUGUUUGUUUGUCAUUUUUCGUUUUUUAUCAUUCGUUUUGCCAGAAGCGUUUUCUUUCUAUUAAGACAGCUAUAUUAAUUUUAGUUUGACUGUGACGCAAAAACCAGAAUAACCAAAUAAGUCUAUUAUUUUUAAUUCAAAUGGUUACGUAGGAUAUAGAAAAUAUUCGCCAAUUCAAGUUAAACUUUUCUUAUAUUGGCUAAUCCCCAUCUUGGGUAAAACUAUUUUUUCUAACUUUUAUUUGAUUAAUUUUGAGAUUUCAGGCAUAAUUUGGCAGUUUACAUAUGCUAUAUAAGAAUAUUGUACACCAGAUCUCUAAACUUUCGAAAGUUAAUAACAACAUGUGAAAUAACUUGCAUUUAUUACAUUGGUAUUUAACUAUGUGGCAUACAUUGAAAAAAAUAAAUAGGUUGCCAUCAAUUUUUGAGAUUUCAGAAAAUCGUACGCCAUUAACUUACCUAUAUCUAACGUAUCCCUUCAGAAUAACAAAUAAUUAACUCCCUUUAAUAGGUUUGACUUCGUCAAAAAAAAUUAAAAUGCUUGCCAAGCAGCAUUAUUUUGUAUAUAGAUCUAAGACCUGGAUAACUUUUAUCCCUGUGGAACAGAAGAUUUAUGAAAAGAAAUUUUGGGACAUUUAGAUUUUUAGAUAUCACGUGCGCUGUAUGUUACGUCACCACUCAUCAACACCGUAGUAACAUGACAUAUGAAAACAAUAGACAUGGGGCAAAACUGGACGUUGGUCGUUUGUGAGCCGUCAUAUCAAAACGGUCAUCUGGUUGAACUUUCGAAAUUUUACAAAACCCUUUGGUGAUUUCUAAAACUUUUUUUUUUUCUAAAGAAAAUGCAUCUAUUCUUUAUUACCUUAUGAUUAUCUCGGUACAUCGGGUAGAUAAAUCUUCAAAUUUCAUUACUUUAGAAGAGAAUUCUCGACUUUAAACUUGAAGGCAUUUUAUUCUGUGUUGCACGCUGGUCCGUUUUUACUUAGAGUAACGCAUAUAAUCAAAUAGUAACAUGGAUGCAUGAUUAUUCAUGAAUUUUGUUCUUUUGUCUCUUUUUUUUCUUUCUCUCAAAAUUAAAACUAUACUGCUGAUUGUACAAGACCUAAAAAAGUUCCUGAGAGCCUUAAUCAUUGAUAAAUUAUAUCUUAUAGAUCUAUCUACAAUUUUUCAGGAAUAAAGAGUUGAAGCUGUAA